GUUUUGACCCGCCGCAGCUGCCGUAGAUGCUUGAUGACAACAAACAUGGCGGCCUCAAUGUCACUUGUCGGACUGAGACGUCUUUCUGUGAUCGACGCGGCUUCUAAAGUGUUCCUGAACCCCCUCAGGUUUACAAGCACGUCCGCGCAGAGGCUGGCGGAGGGAGCUGGACGAGACUCGCAGCUUAUCACAGUAGAUGAGAAACUGGACAUCACCACCGUGUCGGGGGUGCCGGAGGAGCACGUGAAAACCCGCAAAGUUCACAUCUUUGUGCCCGCCAAAACCGCCAUGCAGUCGGGAGUCAACGGCACCAAGAAGUGGAAGAUGGACUUUGACACCAGGGAACGUUGGGAGAACCCGCUGAUGGGCUGGGCCUCAUCUGCUGAUCCCUUAUCCAACAUGGUGCUGUCGUUCUCCUCCAAGGAAGACGCCAUUGCCUUUGCGGAAAAAAAUGGUUGGAGCUACGACAUCACCGACAAACGGACCCCGAAGCCUCGCGCCAAAUCCUACGGCGCCAACUUCUCUUGGGACAAGAGGACCAGAAGGUCUGCUAAGUAAACCCGAGAGGCAUCUGUUGGUCGCCGUGACCUCCCGUUGUCCCGCCCGCAGCGGACCUGUACAAUUCCUGUCAAUAAAAGCUUCAUCACACGCUUCAACCAAAA